AAUGCAGGGGCGUGGCAGCACCCGGGGAGCCCCAACGUUCCAUGGGUGAUGGCAAAGAGUCCUUAGCAGCAGGCAGCGGCCAGCACGGGCCAUGGCGCUGCCGCCACAGCAGCUCCCAGCGCGCGGCCCCCGGGCCCCCCCGGCGCUGCAGAUGCUGCGGGAUUUUGUGCUCCCCGAGAGCUUCUACCCGAGAGCCUUUGCCAAGCUCUCGAAGCUGCUCACUCGGGUGAUGCCCUUCCCUGCAUCCUGGAUCCCCUGGACAGCAUGGGCACCCCCGGACGCACAGGACCCCCCAGCAGGUCUGGCACCCCUGUCUGCUCUGGCACCGCGGCCCCAUCGCACCUGCAGCAUCCCCAGGGCCGGGUGCUGCGGGAUCCCAAACCCUGUCCCCCGGCAGAUCCGGCACAGGGGCUCUGCAAGCCCGGCCGAGCGUCCCUGCCCUCCCCUGGCUGGGGUGUGCUCAGUCAGCCCCAUCUCCAGGGACGUUCCCAGAGGCUCAGCACGGCUCCCACUCCCCCUCACAGGGCUGCAGAGGGCUCCAUUUAAGGGCUUCCUGGAGCCCCAGGUCGUCUUCACGCACUGGACCAGCCCCAGCCUGCCUGCAGCGGACACCUCCACGCUGGGCUUCGGUGCUGCUGCUGUGCCGGGUGCUGCCCUGCUGGGCCCUGGAGGCUGUGGGUCCCUCCCGGCCUGGGCAGCCCCCGGGACCCCCCAGGGCCCAGUGCAAGUCCUGGAACCCCAGAGCCAUCGGGGGAGAGGAGCAGAGGCCCCAGCGGCCCCAGUGCUGCCAGCGCCCAGCCCCGGGAACCAGCACAUCAAAGAGGUGUCUCCAAUCAACAUCUGGAGCACGGGCACCCCUGUGGGGACAACCCCUGGCAGCAACAGCCCUGCAGGCUUCAACAGUGCCCUCAGCUCCUCUCGUGGCCUCCAGAGCCAAGGACUUGGACACCCAGAAAGUGACACUGGAGUCACUGAGGAGACGCUCCUCCACGAGGCCCUGCCCCUUCUUGCUGUGCCCCAGGACAUGGUGGAUGUCCCACCUGCCAGGGCAGGGAUAAAACGUGGGGGGAGCCACUUCCCCACUCCCCCCCCCAAGCACCGGGUUCCCCCGGGGGGGAUUAGACGAGAAAAAUUUUAG